GACACCCCGUUUUUUUUGAGACACUGGUCACUGAGGGGCUUGUUAUUAUUGAAACCUCCGACAGUCCGACCGGCCAGCGGACAUGCACAAAGCAGAUACUUCAUAUUGCUUGAGUAUUCGAAGAACAAAACAAUAUAUGUCAAGAAAUUGCCUGUGGCUUUAGGAAAUUUGCGAUGGCUAGCAAUCUACUAAAAGAGCUACCAUCUUUCAAUGAACAAAAUUUCUCCAAAUUCAAGGCAGAUUCAACGAUGAAAUGUUCGCACCACAGACCGAUCGUUUACUUGCCAACGAAGGAAUCCUCUGAUCAAGCUGUAAUUGUAACAGACAAAGCAAAUAUCCUACUCCGAUGCCUGCAUCAACAUUGGGACAAUAAGCAACAAAGAAAACGGGAUUCAUCACGAGCCAGUUCACCACCAUCAGACUACAAACCAUCGGUCAAAAUACCAAGACGAAUGGAUCCCGGAGAAUGACAAAGAUCUACUGUGUAUUUAAAGUUAUUUGUAUUAUAUAUGAUUUAUGUGAAUAAGGUGUUACAUUUUAUUGAUGGAAAAAGAGAAAAAUAUAGAUGCAUGUUCAUGGAGAAAUGAAUACAACUCCAACUGCACAUUCUAAGUGCGAUAAAAAUAAUUCCUGUUCAAUUCAAAGCAGCCAGGAAAUCAGCUGAGGCUUUCGUGAAAGUUGCUGUUGCAAAAAUCUGUUGCUAAUUUAACAAUUACAACCUCAAUUUGUUGCUGUAGUUUCCAAAACACAAUGACCAUACUAGAUAUAGAGCGAGAAACUUUAUUCACACAUAUAAAAUGCUGUGAGCAAGUUCUUGAACUCAUAUUUCAGUUGAUAUGGCACAUGCACAACAGUUUUCCUAGCUGUUUUCAAUUUAUAACCUAUAUUUUCUUACAGCAGUUUUAGGAUAAUCAGUUUAGCCCUUUCUAGUUUUAUUAAUUGGCCAAAUUUUCUGAUUUUGCAUUAGGUUGGCUAAUUAAAGGAACUGAAAUGUUUAAAAUCCAUAUAAAAUAAAACCCUAGUUGUUGCUAUCUAUCAGGUCUAUGGUAAAUAAACAUUGCAAUGAUAACUAAAAUAAAAGCUGUAAUGAAAUAGUCAUUGAAUUGAAGACCAAAUAAAAAAACAGAUAAUGUUG